AUGGAUUCCUGGAAAUUCGCGAAAACGAAAGAAACCCUGCUGUCCUUUAACCCAUUCAGUCUUGUAGGAGGAAAUCUAACGGGAAAAAGUGGCAAAGAUAUUAAGGACUUUGUUGCAACGAAAUUUUCACUCAAGUCUUACAUGUUCUUAAGUCUCUUGAUAACCCAUAUGGACAUAUCCACUUCAGAAGCAGGAUCUUUUAUAAAAACCAUUGGACUUAUAAUUCCAGUAACUGGACUUAUAGUUCUUACAGGUCCAGGAUGA